AGUUGUCUUACAGAAUACAAAAAUUUUAAAUUUUUUAAAAAUGUUUAAAUCUCAACAAAUAAUCCUUUUAUUUACUGUAAUCAUAUUAUCAGUGACUAUUCAAGCUAAUGCACAAUGUGGUAAAAAUCAAGAGUAUACCGACUGUGGAUCAUCUUGUCCACUUAAGUGUAAUGAUAAUUCCUUACAGAUCUGCUCUUUAAAGUGUGUUGUAGGCUGCCAAUGUAAACCAGGAUAUUUCCUUAAAAACAACAUUGAGUGUGUGCUACCGCAGGAAUGUUAAAAACAAUUUAAACAAAGAACUUAAAUAAUUAAUAAAUAAUUUAAUUUUAUAUU